AUGGCGUACGAUAAGGCGAAUGCACUAAAAGAGACUAGUCUUAGGGCCAUCGAGGGCACAUCAACGCUGGUCACAGCUGGCCUGUACAAGAUGGCAGAUAACACGAACCUUUCCAAAGCCAAGUCUGAACCAGUCUUGACGAGUGAAUCGUCACCGCCAGAAUCAAUGACAGUCCCGACUAAAGCGCUGUCUGCCUCUUCGAUAGAGGAUGCUAGCUCUUCUCAAGAUGCUACCUCACCCAUGCCUAGCCCAAAUCUGCUCUCGCGCAACUCAUCCAUGGCAGAUCUCCAGGAUGAAUGGGAAGUACCUCCUGAGAACAUCACGUUCUUCGAUCUCUUGGACAACCUAGCGCUGUCAACGAAACUUGAAAGCUGGCAGACAAAGAUCGCAAGGCAAACCGAUAGGGUACGGAAGCAGCAGGCAAAGCUCAGGUCGUCAACGAACAACGCGAAGGAUAGGGUCAUAGAGGAGUGGCGACGGCGAUUACCACCGCCUGAUGAGCAACUUGACACCUAUCGGAAACGAGUGAGGGAGUCAGUAGAUAGGCUUGGUGGCAGGUGGAACGAUGCAAAGGCAGUGACGGCUCGAGAAAAACUGUCUUUCAUUGCAGGUGUCCUAAAUGUUUUCAUCAGCGGCUACCUGAUCGGAGGCCGACCAGAGAUGUUCUAUCUGUGGUUCACAGCGCAACUGUGCUACUUCAUGCCGAUACGAUAUUACACCUACCAUAAGCGAGGCUACCAUUACUUCCUCGCAGACAUGUGCUACUUCGUGAAUCUGCUCAUGCUCUUAACGAUAUGGGUUGCGCCACAAUCGAAACGAUUAUUCAUAAGCGCUUAUUGCCUUGCAAACGGUAACAAUGCAGUCGCGAUAGCGAUGUGGAGGAACUCCAUGGUCUUUCAUUCGCUAGACAAGGUGACGAGCCUCUUCAUCCACAUCAUGCCCUGUGUAACGCUCCACUGCCUUGUCCACCUUACACCAGCUGCUACCCUACAAGAUCGCUUCCCUGCUAUCUACGCCAUCAAAUUCAGCCAUCCCGAAUCAUCUGUACACUACUCGCUCCUCGACAUGUUUCUCUGGUCAUCCGUCCCUUAUGCAAUUUGGCAGCUCUCUUACCACUUCUUUAUCACCGUCCGCCGACGAGAGAAGAUCGCAGCUGGCCGACCCACCUCGUUUACCUGGCUACGCAAAUCCUAUGGAAACUCUUGGAUAGGCAAAAUCGUCCUUGGAAUGCCCGAUUCACUACAAGAACCAGCCUUCAUGUUGAUACAGUACCUUUAUGCGAUUGGCAGCAUGAUACCUUGUCCGAUCUGGUUCUGGUACCGCUGGCCAAGUGCGACAUUUCUCAUGGUUUUGUUUUCUUGGAGUAUCUAUAAUGGCGCGACAUACUAUAUCGAUGUGUUCGGCACGAGGUUUCAAAAAGAACUAGAGAAGAUGAAGAAGGAUGUGGUGAAGUGGCAAACGAGCCCAAACGGCGGCUUCGAGUCUGCUACGCCGCUCCAGAAUGGUGAGCCUUGCGGGACGCAGCUAGAGGGCGCUCAAUCUAAAAGCGAAGCGAGCAUUGAUAAGAUAUCUCUUCUCGAAAAUGCAGGUGAUAAAGCCACAGGUACUGAUUUAGGUCGCGCAGAUGGCCUCAAGGAGCGGAAAUAG